AUGGCGCGAAAGCGGACGCGGCCUACCGAAGAUGUGGAUGGUGCUGAAGAGGAAGAGGAGAUUGAGAUCGAGAGCGCGUCGUCCAGCUUCCGUCAGAGCAACAAGAGUGUGAAGCGCAACCGGACUGCUCUGGCCCGCGAAGUUGGCCAGAAGGACUUUUACGACGAUCUACUGGAGAGUCCGAACGACACCGACGUCGAAGAUGAGCCCAACAGUCCGAGCCCUCCUCGCAUCGACGCCGACCUUGAGCAUAGUCUGCACAACGCCGAUAGCGAGAUGGAGGAGGAAGAGGACGAGAUUGACGAGAUGGCGUUUACACAACACAUCGGGAAGAAAUUCAAGGAGAAGCGCGACAAUAUUGCCAUGGAUGAAGGCAUUAUCGAAGAAGUGACAUGCCGCAAUUUCAUGUGUCACACCAAGCUCCGCAUCACUCUGGGACCCAACAUCAACUUCAUCAUUGGCCACAACGGUAGUGGAAAGAGUGCCGUCCUCACAGCUUUGACAAUGUGUCUGGGAGGCAGAGCUGCUGCAACCAAUCGCGGAAGCAAACUCUCAAGCAUGAUCAAAGAGGGCACUGACAGCGCAAUGCUUGGUGUGAAGAUCAAGAAUCGAGGCGAGAAUGCGUACAAAUGGGAGCUUUACGGCCACAGCAUUACGGUUGAGCGCCACUUUACGAAGAACGGAGGCAGCGGGUUCAAGCUGAAGAACGCCGACGGGAAGACCAUCUCCACCAAGAAGGGCGAUCUUGACGACAUCCUGGACUACUUUGGCUUGCAGAUGGACAACCCCAUCAACGUGUUAUCUCAGGACAACGCACGUCAAUUUCUCGCCAACAGCACUGCUGCCGACAAGUACAAAUUCUUCCUCCGCGGCACGCAGCUCGAGGCCCUUGACAACGAUUACAAGAUAUUCGAAGAGAAUCUCGACGGCAUUAAAGACAAGCUGAGCCUUCGGCAUGACGACGUGACUGUACUGAAGCACAAGUUCGAAGAGGCGGAGAAGAAGAAAAAGCAGGCCGACAACAUCGAACAAGUCCGCACCAGAAUGAGACAAGCGUCCAACCAGAGUGCCUGGGCCCAGGUAGAAGAGCAAGAAAGCAUAUUGGAAGGGAUGAGACGGAAUCUCGUCGAUGCUGAGAAGAAACUGGAGGAGGCUGAAGAGGAUGUUCAGGUAAUUGACGGCGAAUAUGAUGGCCUCGAGGCUGCAAAAGAGGCGGCUGAGCGUGUCUUGGAAGAGCGUGAUAAUGAGCUGCAGCCCGCGCAGGAAAAGCAUCGCGUAGAGAAGGAACGCUUUGAUGCGAACAAACAACAACUCAUGAACCUCAAGGCGGAGCAGCGCAACAUGAACCAAGAGUUCCAGAAGGCUCGUCAAGAGGUGGAUCGCCUGGACGGCGAGAUCCAGGCCGAGCAGACACGCUUGUCAGAAGCUGAUGGCGCGCAGCACCUGAGACGUACGGAGGACCUUAAAAGACUUCAAGAGGAUGCCAAACAACAUCAACAGGCUGAGAAAGAUCACGCAGCAUGUUUGCCAGAUCUUCAGCAGAAUGUCGCCAAUGCUACUUCGCAAGUCAAAAACGCGAAGACGGCAUAUGAGCGAGCUGAAGAGGUCUCGCGUACCGCGAAACAACGCAUGAUGGAACUUGAAGGUGACCAGCGUAACAGAUUUGCUGCUUACGAUCCGAAGACUGAACAGCUCUUGCGAGAGAUAAACAAGGACACUCGCUGGGAGAGGAAGCCGGUCGGGCCGAUGGGCAUGUACGUCCACUUGCAAAAGCCGGAGUGGUCGUCGAUCCUGGAGAAGACCCUCGGCGGUAAUCUCAACGCAUUUAUUGUUGUACACAAGGACGAUCAAGUACGGCUCAGUGGGAUCGCGAGGAGAGUCGGCUGUAAUCCCCAAAUCCUCGUCAACAAUAGCGCUGCGCUGCCGGCACUCAACGAGCCCGAAGAAGGAGUCGACACCAUCUUGAGAGUCCUGAAGAUUGACGACGAAGAAGUACGAAAAUCGCUCAUCAUCCAGAACGCGAUUGAGCAGACUGUAUUGAUCAGGAAUAACAACGAAGCGUCGAAUUACUUCCAAAAGAACAACGCGAACGUCAAGGCCGUUCUAUCGUUCGCGCCCAGACAUGGCUGUGGCAUUAGGUUCGACCGAUCGCGAAUGCAUGCGCUCAGGUCGUCGCCUAUAGAGGCCUGGCAUGGACAUACGAGAAUGAAGACAGAUCUCGCAGAGCAAAAGCGCAUACAACAGGAGCGGAUCGAUCGCGCUGUUCAGGACAGGAACGAGGCCAGUGAUCGCUAUCGACAGCUCCAGAGCGAUCUCAAGAAAGCUGGAGAAGCCGUCGAACGCCAUAAGCGAGAAGCCAAGAAACUCUUGACGCAGAGACAACAGGCGGAAGACGCUGUCGAGGCCAAACAAGCCGAGAUCGACGAGAACGCACCAGAGGAUGGAAAGCUGCAGGAGCUUCAGAGACAACUGGAAGACGCCAAGAAAGACAAGCAGUCCGCCAGAGAGUCAUUCGAAGACUCCUGCGCUGCAUCAUCGCGCCUUGACGAGCAAGCGAGGCCUUUGAAAGAUGCUCUGGAUGUUUCCCAAGCAGAACUGGACGAGGUCAAUAAGCGCAUCGAAAAAGCCCAGCAAAAAGUACAAGACGCCGAAGCAAUUCGUCACGAAAAGUUGCUCGAGAAGAAUGCGGUCCACGACGCCCUCCAGGAUGCCAAAGCGUAUGCGACCCGCAUGCAGAGGAAAGUCGAUGAACAGGAUGAGACCCUCCACAAAGAGUUCAUCGACAACGCAAAGAAGGUCUGCGAUCGGCUGCCAGUACCACAGGGUGAGACGGCCGAGUCACUGGAGAGGAAAGCUGCGAGCUACAGGGAGCAGAUCGAGAAUGCCGAGCGUCGCCAGGGUGGCACGAGAGAGCAACUGACUGUGGCGUGGAAGCAGGCCUCUGACGAGUUACGAAAGGCCAAGCUCGAAAUUGCAGAGUUUACGAAGCUUGAAGCUGUAAGAUCAUCCUUCUCCUGUCGAUUCAACCCAUUUGCUAACGUGGAAGCAGACUUUGAAGGAUACGCUCAGAGAGCGUCACCGACGCUGGGGGCUCUUCCGCAAAUACAUAUCCGCACGCUCCAGGAUCAACUUCCAAUACUUGCUCAGCGAGCGAAACUUCCGUGGACGAGUUCUGUUGGAUCACUUGGCCAAGAAACUGGAUAUCGCCGUCGAGCCGGAUCUCUCCCGGAAGUCCGACUCUGGACGCGAAGCACGGACACUCUCCGGUGGUGAGAAGUCUUUCUCCACCAUCUGCCUGCUGCUCAGCAUCUGGGAGGCCAUGGGCUCACCUAUUCGCUGCUUGGACGAGUUCGAUGUCUUCAUGGACAGUGUCAACCGUCAGCAGAGCAUGACAUUGUUGAUCGGCGCGGCGAGAAGAAGUGUGGGGAGACAGUUCAUUCUUAUCUCACCGCAGGCUAUGGGAGGUGUGGAGGUGAAUGAGGAUGUGAAGGUUCACAAGUAAGUGCUCCAGUGAUCGUAGGCUUCGCGUGUUCGGACACUAACAUUACGAUAGGAUGGGCGAUCCCGAACGGGGGCAGACGAAUUUGAACUUCAAUGGCCAGGAGCUCUAA